AUGUGACUGGAAAUGCACCAGUUUGUUUACAGUAAUGGGAAGUUGCCUUUUAGCUUUCUGAUUUUGGGAAGUAAGUCAGUUUGUCGUUUUUAAGUUUCACUAUUGGAGUUUCAGAUUGUGUUUGCAACUGCUAAGGUCUCAUACACCGCUGCAAGUGCAAGCUGAGUAUUACAGGAGUUUGUUGACCAUGGUGCGAGUUCUGUCCUGCCACCACUUCACGUCUCAGGAGGUCUUCAGUACCAAGCAGGAACCAGAGGUCAUCUUCGGCUGCGGAGACAAACUCUUCAUCGCAACGGUACACAACGUGGUGGAGGUGUACCAGGUGGACACACAGGAGUGCAGGCACCUGCUCGGCUUCCUGACCGUGUCGGCCAUAGACCAGCUGGUUUACAGCGAGUGUGGCAAAUAUGUGGCAACUGUGGAAGUCAAAAGCAGCAAGCAGAGGUCCCUCACUUUUGUCAGGCUAUACUUCAACUGGGAAGGCAGUGAUGUCACACAGCCUGUUCGGGCCAGGAUUGCAGGCGUCCCAGCCAGCAACUCCCAACCAGAGAACACUGGUAAACAGCUGGAGGUGGUGGAGCUGCCGCUUCGUAAGUCUGCCUCCUGCAUACAGUGCUGUGCAGUGACAGGUAACCUGGCCAUUGGCAUAGGCAGUGUUAUGAGCCUGUACAGGCUCUGCUCUAAGACUGCACAGCUGACAGGGCACUGCAUGGUCUCUGCUGUUCUCACGGGCCCCAGACAGGGGUUCCUGUACGACAUCUAUGAUGGAGCCAGCCUGCUGGCAUCCUACCCUUACACAGCCGACACAUCCAAGGUUGUGGCAGGAGACAGCCUCCUCCAUGCAGUGACCAGGAAUGGGCUAGAGACCUACACCUUAAGGAAGUUUGCUGCAGCGGUCCACAGGAUGGAGGACAUCGACAACAUCCACAACACCUGCCCUCAUCCCAACAUGGACAUCUGUCUCAUCGGGAUGAGACCUUUCAUAGCCAUACAGGAUAUCAGUGUGUGCACAUCCCAUGUAAUCCUGCUGUCUAAGGUGGAAUCUCCCAGGACCAAGCAGGUAGCAGGACAGUCCCACUGGAGUCUGUAUGCCUUACAGAAUGCCUCAGUAGGUCAACUGUACAAGGACAUGUUGGACCUGGGCCUGCGUUACCAGAACAGCAGCCCUCCAGCCUUCCACCAGCUGCUGUGUGAGGGUCACCUCCUCCUGAGACAGGCACUGUUCAGUCAAGAAGCAGACGGCAGGACCCAGCAGCUGAAGGACCUCCUGUGUGAGUCGUGUGGUCUGCUGGGUGACUACCACUCCCUGCCAGAUAGUCAGGAUUGGACCCUGGCCCUGCCCUACUACAACAUGUCCGGCCUGAAGGUGGCUGCCAUUGUACAACAGGCUCUGCACCAGAUGCAGCCUGACCGGGCCCAGCCAGGCUACGGGAGGGUGGUCCAUUUCCUGAACCACGUGCUUUUCACUGGUGAGGAGCCGCUGGAGACAGACAAGUCCACUUCAAACAUCAUACUCGAGGCCUACAGCCAGCUGGAACCAGAGAGCCUCUCCAAGGUCAUUAUCAAGUCCAGGCUGGGGCAGUUCGAUGACCAGAAGGCAGUGUCGAUGCUAAGGAAGAUCAAGAGGGGGGUGUCUGUGUCAGGAGGCCGCUACCUACCCCGGCCGCUGGACGUCCUAGCCAUGGCUGUACUGAAGCUGAGGUUAUGUGAGCCGGAGCAGGCACAGAUCGUACUGUCUACAGUCAGCGACCUGCAGCUGGUCCAGGUGCUGGUUUCUGAGCACCAGCUGCUGCGCACGGAGGUAACCCAGCUGUCGCACCUGUCCCAGCUGCUGAGGCGCCACCAGCCACAGGCACUCAUCACUGCACUGGUCGCUCUGCAGGAGCAAGAUGUCCUUCCGUUUAAAACGGCAUUACAGCUGCUGCGAGGCUCGGAAGGCGAGAUUCACCAGAACACCCACAUCCGUGACUAUCUCGAAGGUGUUGUUCAAGCCCGUCAUGGACAACCUACGAGUCAGAAGGUUACCAUCAUGCUGUGUGACAUCUACAUUCAGAGGCUGCUGGAGUGGAAACCUCCGACCUCACGACCCAUGCCCAACCCGGGACACAUCCACCUGCCCCGUGGGGGUGGCUGCUUUGGAGUGCGAUACCCUUGGUUGGACCAUCUCCCACCGUUCAGAGGUGUCGGCUCUAUCAAACAACCCUGCCUGUGGGUCCACCUCAGGGUCUCCCCCCCUCGUGGGUCGCCCAUGCAGCCUCCCACUGCAGCGGCCCCGAUUCAGAUCAGCAAAGUCUCUCCGUCAGUCAGUGAGGAGAUGUGUGCGUGCUGCUGCUGUAACGAGGACCUCCUGAAACUACAGUCUCUGCUGUGCGCCAGUAACACCAGCACCGACAUCUCCCAGCACAUCCUGCAGGCCAUCGCUGAAAACAUGAAGGGCUUCCUCGCCGUCAAACUCCUCUGUCUGGCCAAGACGGACCCCAAGAAAGCUGUGGAACUCCUGAUAGACUCCCAUCCUUCCAUACUGGUCAAUUUUGGUGAAACUGUGUUUCCAGACAGCCAGGACAGGUGGAGUGACGUGCUGCAUCUUCUUCUACAAAUGUUCAAAGAUGAGGACAGCCUUCCAGAUGACAGGCACGAAUCCCUGACCGGAGCACUGCAGGGGGUCCUCUCUUGCUUGGCCUCCCUCAUGGAACCUCAGGCGUUCAUCAACUUACUACCCUCUAAUGGCACAGUGGAUUUCUUCCUCCCCUACAUCCAACAGUGUCUGAGGAAACACAGGGCUGGGGAGAUGAGGAACAGGGUGGCAUCAGGACAGGUGUAAAGGACAGAUGAUAUCAUAUCCAGUUGCUCUAGUAACUGCUUUUUUGGCGACAGAUGAUAAAUUAUAUUCUUAAAACCUGCUUUCAGCUGCUGUUUACAAUGUAUGUUAUCCUGCUAUCCAAUCCAAACCUACUAUAGAUGCAUAGUCUCUUUGAAGAUGAAAGCUAUUAUAGGCUUGGAUGUAGGCUUUGCUCAUGUAGCAAAAAACCCUUCCAGGUUUAUCAUAUUAAGCAUGCAUACAUUAGCUGCUACUUAAUUAAGAAUAGGACAGUGGAAUAAGCAGGCCUUGUUCAUUAUUGAUACAUCCUGCUGGCCUGUUUGUGACACUAAGGCUUGUUUUAAACCUGCAGUAACUUAGAAGUCCACUUAUGGGGACUUGGGUUGUAUGAUUCUAGUGACAAAACGACAUAGAAAUAAGCAUUAAAUAUCUCUUUAUUGUUAUUCUGAAUACAUGUAUCUGCAACACUUUUUACAUUUACAAUUACAAAUGGUAAACAAUAUACAAUUUGGGCCAACAAUUGUCAUUUCAAAAUUAAGAUAAUCUCAUCUGAAUAAUACCGUUAUCAUUGGUCCAUUUCCUUUAAUGCAUCUUCUGUAGCAUCAGUUUCACAAUAUAACAGUAACAAAGC